AUGCAGUUUUUAAUGGCUGGAAACCUUUCAAAUCCCACUUUCACAUUUAAUCUUAAAAUUGCUAAACUUGAUAUCCAUCCCAAAGCAAUAUAUCCUGUGUUCUUGGCUGGAGCUCUGAUCUACGUGUUCUCUGUGGUCUGCAAUGGAAUCCUUCUUGGACUGAUAAUCACUCAGAGAAGCCUUCACAAGCCGAUGUUCUACAUCCUGUUCAGUCUUCCUCUAACCGAUUUAAUCGGAAUCACAGUCGGUCUGCCCAGGGUUCUUGUGGACAUUUUAACAGAAACAAAUGAUGUGUAUUACCCUACGUGUGUUCUUCAGGCUUUUUUGCUACAUUUGUAUGCAGGUUCAAUACCUUUUCUACUGGCAGCCAUGUCGGUAGACCGGUACAUAGCAAUAUGCAACCCACUCAGAUAUAAUUCUAUCAUGACUCCCUGCAAAAUAUGUGGAAUCAUAGUGCUGGCAUGGGGCCUUGACUUUGUCUUAAUAAUAGUGUUGUUUUCACUUCAGUCUAGAAUGGUAAAAUGCAAGUCUUUUAUUACCAACGUGUACUGUGACAAUGCAUCUUUGCUUUUGCUUUCAUGUGGAGGGGAUUUGAUUGUGAACAACAUUUAUGGUUUAUUUAUAACAGCAUUUAUACAGAUCAGCAGUAUCUCUAUCCAGCUGUUCUCUUAUACGCAGAUUCUCAUCACAUGUAUAAAACAAACACAUGCUGAUUCAAGAGUUAAGGCUCUAAAUACAUGUAUAGCCCAGAUCGCAAUUUUUUUCCUCUUUGAAAUAGUUUCAACCGUUGCUACAUUAUCAUAUCGGAUCCCCAGCAUCUCUUCCAAUGCACAGAGGAUUUGUGGUUUAAUGAUUUACACAGUCCUUCCGACUGUCAAUCCAGUCAUAUAUGGAAUGAACCAUCAUGAGGUCCGGAUUAACUUAAUCAAGAGAUGCCACAGAGAGCUUUUGUAUGAGGACUGAAAAUACCGCGUGAUGCCUCGUGAUCCAAUGAAAAGAACUAUUAUAUGUAUGCACAGGAAGCGGCUAUGUUAAUCACGCCCUCGGGCCGGCAAGCACGGGAUAUCUAUGCAUGACUGUCACAUGUCUUGUGACCACCUACUUCCUGCCCUGUCUG